UCCGGCGCUGAAGCUUGCAGUGCGCCUGUCGGUCUGGGAAUGAGCGCAACUUCCACACGCUCCUCUCUGCCGAGCCGCUGCUUCUUCUUUUUAUUCUCGCUUCAUUGGAAAGGCAAACGCCGGGAGGCUGCUCACAGAGCCAGACGCGGGAUGGGCUCUCUGGCCGCCCUGCGGACCAUCCUGGUCCUGGGCCUGGUGACCGGACUGGCGGGAUGCGCCCCCGGCUUGAACGGCACCGCGAACCGCUGGGAGGCUCUCUACUCCCGGUCCCUGGCGCGGCUCCCGGGGGAGAAGCGGGAGGAGAUCAGCCGGGACGGCGACUAUCUCCUGGGCAUUAAAAGGUUGCGGCGCCUCUAUUGCAACGUCGGGAUCGGCUUUCAUAUUCAGGUGUUACCAGACGGCAGAAUAACGGGAGUACACAACGAAAAUCGCCACAGUCUUCUGCAGAUCUCUCCGGUGGAGAGAGGAGUGGUCACUCUGCUGGGCGUUCGCAGCAGACUCUUUGUGGCCAUGAACCAGCGAGGAAAGCUCUACGGAUCUUUACACUUCAACAACGAGUGUAAGUUCAGAGAGAAGCUCCUCGCCAACAACUACAACGCCUACGAGUCGAUGGCCUACCCGAGGAUGUUCAUCGGCCUGAGUAAGAACGGCAAAACAAAAAGAGGAAACCGAGUGUCCCCCGCCAUGACAGUGACACAUUUCUUGCCAAGAAUAUAGUGGCCUCAUAAAUAGA